AUGGCCCCCGCACCACCAAGUUCUACGCUCCAAGUCUCAAACUUUUCACCAGCAGAGUUAUCCUACCUUCACACCUCACUCUCGUAUCCCAAAAACCCAAUUCGACCAGAUGGCCGCUCAGCAACACAAUUUCGGCCGUUAACAGCAGAAACAAACAUAGUACCGAAUGCGAAUGGCAGCGCGCGCAUAGGAUUUGCCGACGGAACACAAGCAAUUGUGGGAGUUAAAGCGGAGGUAGAGAAGACGGUGUUUGUGAGCACACUGGAGCAGAGCGCGACGCAGGAGCACGAGGACGAAGAUGAAGAUAAAGAGUCAAGUGGAGGGAAGAUAAAAGUGUCGGGAUCCGGCUCAUGGGUUGAGAUGUCCAUUGAGAUUCCAGGCUUGAGAGAUGAUGACCCGUUACCCGUAUUUUUGGCAGAGAUGAUGAGGGAAGGCCUCAUACAGUCUGGAUCGGGAUCAUUAGCGGGAUCAGUUAGCUUGAAGGAGAGGCUGGUUAUCAACAAGGGCUGGCAUUGGAGAAUUUACAUUGACAUAUUACUACUUUCCCCGCCGCUAUCAUAUCCUCUACCGUUGCUAUCUCUAACGACACACCUUGCACUACUAUCUACCAAGCUCCCACGACUAAUAUCAAAAGACGAAGAAGACCCAAUGUUUGACGAUGAUUGGGACGCAGCUGAAUAUUUAUACCCUCGUAAAAUCUCUAAAACCUCUCCUACACAGCAUAUAUUCCGCCCGCCAAUAUCUCUUCUAGUUAUUUCCGUUGGGCAAAAUGUGAUAUUUGAUCCAAGUAGAGAGGAAAUUGCUGUUGCUGACUCUGUCUUCUGUGUCUCUGUUGCUCGAGACGAGAACAAGCAGAUGUCAGGGCCUGGAGGCUUAAAACUACUUGCUAUCCGAACUAUUGAUCCACCAGCCCGUAUGACACAUCCUGGAGUGUCGGAUGCCAUUAAUGCAGCUACGAUAGGACUCAUGACUGCGGACACUAGCAACGUUUCCACUAGUACUGAGAUUGAGGGGGUUUGGACUCCUCGCCGCGGUGGAGUGAAGAGGGAAGUUGUUUCGAGGAUUGCCAAGUUGGUUCUUCAACCUGGCGGCGUGGGUGAUGAGGUCAUGGAGGGACUGGAGAUGGUGGAUGUCGACUGA